AUGGCCCAGAAAGGAAUAGUGUUAGGCCAUGAUAUCUCAACUCGAGGGAUAGAGGUGGACAAAGCAAAAAUUGAUGUCAUCGAAAAGCUACCUCCACCAGUCAAUGUAAAAGGCAUUAGGAGUUUCCUUGGACAUGUAGGAUUUUAUACAUGGUUCAUAAAGGACUUCUCCAAAAUUAUCAGGCCCUUGAGCAAUUUGUUCAACAAAGAUGUAGUGUUUAAACUUGAUGAAGAAUGCUUGACAGCUUUUCAGACCCUGAAGAACAAACUCAUAUCUGCUCCAAUAAUGGUGGCCCUUGACUGGAGUAAAGAAUUUGAGCUCAUGUGUGACGCCAGAGAUUAUGCCUCUUAUUCCAUGCCAUAUAUUAUGCCUCUUAUUCCAUGCCAUAUAUUAUGCCUUUUAUUCCAUGCCAUAUAUUAUGCCAACAAGGUCUUGAACGACACAUAA